AUGUCGUCGCCCACGUCGUGCUCUAUCGCGCCACCGCAGCCGCAGCCACAGACGUCGGCGCCCCGCUCGCCGCCGCUCAAGAUCCUCAACUCUGUCCUCGAGCACGUGGGCAACACACCGCUCGUGCGGCUCAAUGCCAUUGCCCAGAAGGCCGGUCUCGCGUGUGAGCUGCUGGCCAAGUGCGAGUUCUUCAACGCCGGCGGCUCCGUCAAGGACCGCGUGGGCAAGCGCAUGAUCGAAGACGCCAUGGCGAGCGGCCGCAUCCAGCCCGGGGACACGCUGAUCGAGCCCACGUCGGGCAACACGGGCAUUGGCCUCGCGCUGGCCGCAGCGCUCUACGGCUUUCGCCUCAUUAUCACUUUGCCCGAGAAGAUGUCGCUCGAGAAGGUGGACGUGCUCAAGGCAUUGGGCGCAGAGAUCAUCCGCACGCCCACAGAGGCGCCGUGGGACUCGCCCGAGUCGCACAUUGGCGUGGCCAAGCGCCUGGUCAAAGAGAUCCCGAAUGCCCACAUCCUCGACCAGUACAGCAACCCGUCGAACCCGCAGGCGCACUACGACGGCACGGCCGAAGAGAUCUUGCAGGCCUGUGACGGCCGCGUGGACAUGGUCGUCAUGGGCGUCGGCACGGGCGGCACGCUCUCGGGCGUUGCGCGGAAGCUCAAGGAGCGGUGUCCGCACUGCAUUGUGGUUGGGGCCGACCCCAUGGGCUCGAUCUUGGCCCAGCCCGAGAGCCUCAACGACGCGCACCGCCUGCAGUCGUACCAAGUGGAAGGCAUUGGCUACGACUUCAUCCCGCAAGUGCUGGACCGGUCGCUCGUCGAUCGCUGGAUCAAGACGGGCGACCAGGAGUCGUUCUUGCUCGCGCGUCGACUGAUCCGCGAGGAAGGACUGCUCUGCGGCGGGUCGUGCGGCGCAGCGGUGGCAGCGGCGUUGAAAGCGGCGAAGGACCUCCGCGCCGGUCAGCGCUGCGUCGUUGUGCUGCCCGACUCGACGCGGAACUACAUGUCCAAGUUUCUCUCGGACGACUGGAUGUACGAGCACAAGUACGUGACGGACCUGUCCAAGAGCGCGCUCAGCGCCACGUGGUGGGCCCAGAAGAACGUGUCGGAGCUGCUGCUGCAAGCGCCCGUGACCAUCACGCCCGACCUCACGUGCAAAGAGGCCGUGGACAUUCUCAAGAAAGAGGGCUUUGACAACCUCCCGGUCGUGGCCAACGACAACUCGAUCGUCGGCGUCGUGACCGAAGGGAACCUCAUUGCGCAGCUCAUGCCCGGCCGCGUGCGGCCCACGGACGCAGUCGAGAAGGCCAUGUUCACGCAGUUUAAGCAGAUCAGUCCGCAGACGUCGCUGUACGAGCUGAGUCGCAUCUUUGACCGCGACCACUUUGCGCUCGUCGUGACGGAACAGAAGCGGAUCUGCCGCGGCGGCAGUGUCGAGGUCAAGUCGGUCAUCUUUGGGGUCGUCACGCGCAUCGAUUUGCUCACGUACAUUACGCGCCACAACGAGCAGUAG